AUGGGAGAUUCACAGUUUGAUAAUGGCAAUAAUAAUUUACUUACCACACAAGCGAAGGCUAAUUAUCCACCUUAUGGAAUUGAUUAUCCAUAUGGUCCUACGGGCAGAUUCACCAAUGGUCGAAAUAUUGCAGAUUUCUUAGGGGAAUUCUUAGGUUUCGACAAGCCAACUUCACCAUUUGUAACUGCAAACGGCUCGGAGAUCCAAGAAGGUGUAAAUUAUGCAUCGGGUGGAGCAGGAAUUCUCGACAACACUGGACAACAACUGGGUGAUCGUUUCAGCUUGAACAAACAGUUGCAAAACCAUCAAACUACAAUAUCACGCCUUGCUCAUUUACUUGGAAGUUGCGCUCCAGCAGUGUUGGCCGUGUAUCCUCCUACAAGUGGAUCCACAUGCGUUGAAUCCAUUAAUGAUGUAGUUGAACUAUUUAAUAACAAGUUGAAGUCACUUGUGGACACCUUCAAUAAAGAUCUAAAUGGUGCAAAUUUCAUCUAUAUAAACAUCAGUGGCAUUUCACAAAUUUCGCCCAGAGAUAUCUCCGCUUUUGGUGUUAAAUUUGCCAAUGUCUCAUGCUGCACAAAAUCGAGAUCCGUUUCUCAAGGACAGUGCACGCUCGGAAAAGUUCCAUGCAGUAAUCGGAGUGACUACUUAUUCUACGACAAUUUUCACUCUAUGGAGAUUUUUAACAAGCUCACUGCAGCAAGAGCGUACAAUGCGACUUUACCAACUGAUACUUACCCAAUAGAUAUUCGUCGUCUUGCUCAACAAUAA